CACGCGGCUGGCUCCUCCCCUUCCGCUCCUGUCUAGGUAGUGCGGUGUGCGCUGUAACCCACGUGUGUUGUAGUUCGUGUCUUUAACAAUCAGAAACGAUGGAGGACAUGAUCCCCACCAUGGAGUCCUACAUAUUCGGGUGUGAGCUGUCCGCAAAGACCAACCACUACACGUUCAAGGUGGAAGAAGAUGACGACUUUGAGCCCAACCUGUCCCUCUGCACUAUCAGCCUUGGUGCAGAAGCCAAAGAUGAGUAUAAUGUGGUAGAGGUGACGGGGCGCGAUCAUAAUGAUGAGGACAUCACCGUGCCAAUAGCCACCCUCAAGCUGUCCUGCCAGACUAUGAUUAAUCUGGAUAACUUUGUAAUUCAGCCCCCGGUUACAUUUCGCCUCAAGUCCGGCUCUGGUCCUGUAAUGCUCUCUGGACAAGUCAUGGUCGCCCCCACCCCUUUAGAUUCUGAGGACGAUGAUGAAGAGGAGGAGUCUGGUGACAGCGAUGAAGAAGAGGAAGAAUUAACCCCCAUCAAACCAGCCAACAAAAAAAUGAGAAACUGAUGAAACUUAGCUUUUUGGCAACUAUGUAUAGUCCACUGGAUGGACCUACAGAUGGAGACCAACUGGAAUUUUUAAGUGGCCAUGAAUUGUCAUAGACCUUGGUAGAAAGCAAUGCAUACAUAGUUAUUAGAAGUGGCUCUAUAGGUGCUGGAGGCCUCGUUUUUGAAGUUCAUCCAACUGUGUUAAAGUGAUUGGGAAAUGUGCCCCUAUUUAAGGAGAGGGAUCCUAAAAAAAAAAACAGUCCACGCCAGUUAUUGACUUCUCAGCCUCUGGUCACCGCUUGACUUAUUUCAGGUGCGAUUGCCAAGGUUUUAUAUUGUUUGCAUCAAUGUGAUGUGGUGCUUACUCAUUUAGGGCUUUUUACCUUGAUACUAGAAAUGACUGCCUAUUAUGAUCUAUACGUUUAUUUUUGUACUUAAGCUUUAGUGUGUUUUUGUAUUUUCUUAGUACAGUAUUUUAUCCUGUGCCAAAGACCCCAACACACUAAAAAAUACAGUUUAUCAAGUUCAACCUGUUGUG